AUGAAAAUUUGGACAUCAGAACAUGUUUUUGACCAUGAUUGGGAGACCGUGGUAACGGCUGCAUGGCGGAAGUAUCCUAAUCCGAUGAAUCAAGGAGUGACUGGAAUGGACGUUCUAAGGCAAAAUUUACAUAGUGGGAAACUUCUCUGUGAACGAAUCAUCCAGUCGCAUUUCCAUAUCCCGAGCUGGGCAACAAAGUUAACCGGGUUUUCCGGAACUCAGUACUCACACGAAUAUACAGUAAUCGAUCCCCAAACGAAAACCAUGGCAUUGACGACUCGAAAUCUAAAUGGCUCCCAUUUCCUUCGAGUGGACGAAAAACUCACCUACACACCACUCCCGGAUGAUCCCUCUAAGACCAUAUUAAAACAGGAAGCCAUUGUCACAAUCACACUACCAGCAUUUGCUGAUUAUUGCGAGAAAACCUUCAUUGGUGUCUAUUCAUCGAAUGCAGCAAAGGGAAGGAAAGGUGUCGAGUGGGUAAUAGAUCAGCUGAAGAAGGAAUACACGGAUAUCUCAUCGAAAAUUUCUGCAGAAGUUCAUGAGAUGCAGGAGAAAGUUUUUCAUGCUUUCAAGGGUGCAGACGGUUCAACGACGCCCAUAUCACCUUGA